AUGCCUUCGAAGGUCGACAAAACGCCUGAACAAAAGCUGCAGGAGCGGCAGAUGACCAAGAUGGCCGAUAUCGUCACCAAGAUACAGAGCACAGCUCCUACUAUGAUCAAGCUCAGCAAUGGAAAGGAAUGCGAAAUUGAGAGCGACCUGAUUAUACGAAUGUACACUGGCGCCAAAUACAGCACGACAGACUGGACUAAGCUCUCCCAUCUGUAUCUUUCCGUGAGGGCACCAAGAGCUGUUGUGUCCGUUGGACCAGCCGCCACACUGCCCGCUCUCAAGGAUGGCGAGACUGGCUUUUGGAUCCGUGAGGUCUACACCGAACCGAACAGGCUGCAGUGGUGCGUCACGGUCUGCAAGCCUUCCAGUAAAGUCGUCACCACGUACGCUGUCGGGUUCGUUACUUGUGAGCGAUCCGAUCUGUCAGCUAUUGCAAGCACAAUUGGAACAUUGCCGCAUAUGCUAUCCACCGUGUUCCAUCAGGAAACAGCAGACAAGGGUACCCACCAUGUCCACUUUCAAGAUGCGCUACUGUUCGACAUGUUGAUAGAAGCCGAGGCUGCCGCGGCCGCGCAACCUAGCAAGCGACGCCGCCCUCUCAGGGAGCGUCUCGCUCAACAAAAUGUCAAGGAGGAGCCUUAG